AUGAAGUCUCUUUAUGUUCUUUUUAAACCGAAGCCUCUUCCCGCCAAGAUCUCUAUUCCGGCCGAUAGUCGAGCCUUGCCGGCCGAGUCUCACUUCAUAUCUUUGAUCCACGCUUGCAAUGAUACUGUAAGUCUGCGCCGUGUUCAUGCCCAGAUCCUCCGUCGCGACGUUCUCAGUAGCCGCGUCGCUUCUCAGCUGGUGUCUUGCUCUUCUCUUCUCAAGUCCCCGGAUUACAGCCUCUCCAUAUUCAGACAUCUGAGAGAGAAGAAUCUGUUUGUUUUCAAUGCUCUGAUCCGUGGUUUGACGGAGAAUGCUCGCUUUGAGUGUUCGGUUCGUCAUUUUAUUCUCAUGCCGAGGCUUGGUGUGAGACCAGAUCGGCUAACUUUUCCGUUCGUACUCAAGUCUAAUUCCAAGUUAAGGUUUAGGUGGUUGGGUAUGGCUCUUCACACAGCGACUGUGAAGAAUUGCGUUGACUCUGAUUCCUUCGUCAGGGUAUCUUUGGUUGACAUGUACGCCAAGACCGGAGAAUUAAAAGAUGCCUUCCAAGUGUUCGAGGAAAGUCCCGAGAGAAUGAAAAUGGAGAGUAUUUUGCUAUGGAAUGUUUUGAUUAAUGGGUAUUGUCGAGCCUGUGAUACGAAAAUGGCUAAAACACUUUUUGAGUCCAUGCCGGAGAAAAAUUCAGCAUCUUGGAGUACUCUGAUCAAGGGUUAUGUGGAUAGCGGACAGUUGAACAGAGCAAGGCAGCUUUUUGAAGUAAUGCCAGAGAAAAGCGUGGUUUCUUGGACGGCAUUAAUCAAUGGGUUUUCUCAAUAUGGCGACUAUGAAUCUGCGAUUUCAACUUACUUUGAGAUGCUGGAGAAGGGCAUGAAGCCUAAUGAGUACACAAUUGCUGCUGUGCUCUCUGCAUGUUCUAAAUCUGGUGCUCUUGGAUCAGGAAUAAGAAUUCAUGGUUAUGUUUUGGACAAUGGGAUUAAAGUGGAUAGAGCUAUAGGGACAGCUCUCGUAGACAUGUAUGCAAAGUGUGGGGAAGUUGAUUGUGCGGCUACUGUGUUCAGUAAUAUUAAGCAUAAGGAUAUUCUUUCUUGGACUGCUAUGAUACAAGGUUGGGCGGUUCAUGGACGAUUCCAACAAGCGAUCCUUUGUUUCAGAGAAAUGAUGUAUUCAGGAGAGAAGCCAGACGAGGUUGUGUUUCUUGCGGUUCUAACUGCAUGUUUGAACUCAGGGGAAGUAGACUUGGGAAUUAACUUCUUCGCUAGCAUGAGGCUUGACUAUAAGAUUGAGCCGACGCUGAAACAUUAUGUAGUAGUCGUUGAUCUGCUAGGUAGAGCAGGGAAGUUGAACAAAGCACAGGAGCUCAUAGAGACUAUGCCCAUAAAUCCUGAUCUUACAACAUGGGCUGCACUCUAUCGUGCUUGCAAGGCUCACAAAAGUAAUGAAAGGGGUGAAAUGGUGUCGCAAAAUCUUUUGGAGGUCGAUCCAAAGCUUCGUGGAAGUUAUAUUUUCUUAGGCAAAACAUGCGCAGAUGAAGGGAGGUAUCAAGAUGUUGAGAAAAGAAGAUUACCAUUUCAGAAGAUGGUCAAAGAAAGAUGCAAGGGACGGAGUUAUAUCGAAUUGGACGGUCAACUAAACAAGUUUUCAGCAGGUGAUAGUUCUCAUAAGCAAGCACAAGAGAUACGUGUGAAGCUUGAGGAGAUCAUAUCGCUUGCUAUUGAGAGAGGAUACGUUCCAGGGGCUGAUUGGUCGAUUCAUGACAUUGAAGAAGAAGACAAGGAAAUCGUUACGGGAAUCCAUAGUGAGAAACUGGCUCUUGCUCUUGGGCUUCUUAGAACUGCUCCUGGAACCGCAGUGAGGAUCGUUAAGAACCUGAGAAUCUGUGGAGAUUGUCAUUCUUUAAUGAAACAUGUUAGUAAGAUCAGCCAAAGAGAUAUUAUACUGAGAGAUGCAAGGCAGUUUCAUCAUUUCAAAGAUGGAGGUUGCUCAUGUGAUGAUUAUUGGUGA